CUGAAUUUUAAAACAAUUUCAGUAACAAGGACGUUACAGCGCAGCGUGCGUAAUUGCGCAAUGGUUUGGAUCUGGCACCAGCGCAAACCUGGACAACAUUCUUCUCGAUGAGUAGGUUUCUUAAACAGAACCCACAACAUUGACACCCUUCAGUGGUGACCGAAGAGAGAUUUACCCAUGCUGCCAGACGGCGCGGUACUUGGUCGGAGCGCUUUUUGCGCUCUCCCCUCUCCCUCUCCUCUAACAGCAGUCGUGCAGUUGUCCUGAUAUGCCUCCCAGCUGUGAAGAUGACACAUGUUUCUCUCACGGAGCGGACUCUCACGGACGGGACCUACUGCGCUCUCCUCUCUGAUCCAGUUAGACCUAUCUUUUUCCGCAGAGCGCAAAAUGAUUCGCAACCACCUGUUCCUGAAAGGGACGGUCAUCGUCUGGACGCUACUUCUAGGUCAGGCUGUUCUUGGUCACGUCAAGACCCACUCACAUGCCGAGGAUGAGCUCUUCAACACGCUGUUCUCCGGUUACAACAAGUGGUCAAGACCUGUGCCAAACAUCUCCGACGUGGUUAUUGUCAAGUUUGGACUAUCCAUAGCUCAGCUCAUUGAUGUGGAUGAGAAGAACCAAAUGAUGACAACUAACGUGUGGUUAAAACAGGAGUGGAAUGACUAUAAACUCCGUUGGAGACCAGCCGACUAUGACAACGUGACGUCUAUCCGAGUUCCAUCAGAGCUCAUAUGGGUACCAGAUAUAGUCCUCUAUAACAAUGCUGACGGCGAGUUCGCUGUGACCCAUAUGACCAAAGCUCAUCUGUUCCACACGGGCAAAGUGCGCUGGGUCCCGCCCGCCAUUUACAAAAGCUCCUGCAGCAUCGACGUCACCUUCUUCCCCUUCGAUCAGCAGAACUGCAAAAUGAAAUUCGGCUCCUGGACCUACGACAAAGCCAAGAUCGACCUGGAGCGCAUAGAACACACCGUGGAUCUCAACAACUACUGGGAGAGCGGCGAGUGGGCCAUCAUCAACGCCGUGGGAACGUACAACACAAAGAAAUACGACUGCUGCCAUGAGAUCUACCCGGACAUCACUUACUUCUUCAUCAUUCGAAGGCUCCCUUUGUUUUACACCAUCAACCUCAUCAUUCCCUGCUUGCUGAUCUCGUGCCUCACCGUUUUAGUUUUCUACUUGCCCUCGGACUGUGGCGAGAAGAUCACUCUUUGCAUCUCGGUCCUUUUGUCCCUCACUGUGUUCCUGCUGCUCAUAACAGAGAUCAUACCCUCCACAUCUCUCGUCAUCCCUCUCAUAGGCGAAUACCUCCUCUUCACCAUGAUCUUCGUCACCCUGUCUAUCGUCAUCACCGUGUUCGUGCUGAACGUGCACCAUCGCUCGCCCAGCACCCACAAGAUGCCCCGCUGGGUCCACUCCGUGUUCCUGGAUCUGAUCCCGCGCUGGCUGUUCAUGCGCAGGCCGGCGCCCGACGGCCGGCGCCGCAGGCUGAUGCUGCUCCAGCAGAAAAUAGCCGAGGAGCGGCGGCAAAUGCAAAUAGCGGGGUAUGACCCGGGCCACUGCGUCAGCACCUCGUACACCUGGACGAGAGACGGGACCGCUCUGGAAACGCCAGAGAGAAGCUGUUACGAGGAUUUGGAGCUCGGAACGCUGACGUCGUACUUCUCCUUCCGCCCGCCGUCUCCCAGGCCUCCGGGGUCGACUCCUCCGCCGCAACAGAAAAAUAUCGGCGACAGCCAAAAGCUGCAGGAAGGCGCUGCAGGAUUAAACAGGCAGCCCACCGGAGCCAGGAUUAACUCAACCCAGAAGCCGCCUAAAGGGGACGGUUCGGUGUCAGAGUCAGCUUUCAUUCUUUCGCCGGGCGUGCUGCGUGCAUUACAAGGGGUUCACUACAUCGCAGACCACCUGAGAGCUGAAGACGUGGACUUCAGUGUGAAGGAGGACUGGAAGUAUGUUGCCAUGGUCAUCGAUCGGAUCUUCCUCUGGAUGUUCAUUAUUGUGUGCCUGCUUGGGACAAUAGGCCUCUUCCUACCCCCAUGGUUGGCUGGCAUGAUUUAGGUUUUUUUGUGGAAAAGUUUGAAAAAAGAAAUUAUCUGAUUUAAUGUUAUGUACAUUUUUAUUAAAUAGUUAACACUUUCUGGGAUCAGAACCGAAGUCACCUAACUUUACUAUAAAUAAUGAGACCAGUGACAUUUUAUUUCUGUUUCCAACCUCUUUGUU